CCCAACAGGGCUGUAAUUCACGCAUCUAUCCAAAUGUGGAGCUAGAAGUUUGGUCAACAGAGUGCCCAGAGCAGCUGUGGCUGCCCCUGGAUCCCUGGCAGUGUUCAGGACCAGGCUGGAUGGGGCUUGGAGCAGCCUGGGACAGUGGGAGGUGUCCCUGCCAUGGCAGGGAGGGCACUGGAUGGGCUUUGAGGUCUCUUCCCGCCCAAACCAAUCUGGGAUUCUACCAAUUUCUGAUUCCUACUCAGAGGGCACAUCCAAACAGCUUUGUGAGGAACGCUACGAGAACAGUCCCAGGAAUACAAUAAGAGCCUUCACCUCACAGGGAUUUUUAAGAUGCAGGUCAUUUUUCUGCUCUUCUUGUCCAGACUCAUGACAGCCUGAACCACAGCUCAGCACAGGGAGAAGCUCAUGGGAGUAUCCCCAGUAUCUUCUGGGAUGUUUGGCUUGUGGCACAUGAGGAUUUUACUAGGAAUGACACAACUGCUCUUUUAUAUCUAUUUCCUGCUAUAAACAACUCCAUAUAAAGCAUUUCAUAGAAACACGUUUUGUUAUCCAAACACACUAAAAGCAGGAAAACAGCGUGAGUACAUAAACUGACUACAAACGAUUAAUGAGGCAGUAAUUAGAUAGAGGAGCAUUAAUGGGUUGUGAGCAAUUCAGAUAAGCACAAGGCACAUGCCAGCCAGAGAGCAUCACUCGUGACACCAGAGACAAAGCGGAGCCGGAAUCAGGGCUUGGCUGAAAACUUUGCCAGUGGAGGACAAGAAAAAACUAUUUUCCCAGCACAAAAGACACUGACAAAUCACCUUCCUUCCUUAAUGUCCUUCCCAAACCAAAUCAGUCUGGGAUUUGAUAACUCUUGGAAAUAAGGGUAAAGAAUAAUUAUCCACAGAGGAAGGAAGAUUUCAAAGCCUUGACCACUUACAUUAAGCAAGUGCUAAUUUAGGAGGACAGUUGAUGACUGAAGGGUUUCUGCAGGAGGGUGUAAUGAGGGGGUGGAAAAACCACAAGGAGAGAAAGAAAGGGAAGUGGAACUUUCUCACCUCAGAACAUUCAUUUUGCUUCUCUGUUUUCUCAUGGUGAGUGCGGGGAUAAUCAUCCAGUGUCUGCCCAACCUCAUGACUCUAGGAACUGCAUAUUUAGAGACGCUUUCAGUGUUGCCCAAAGAAGUGAUAACUCUCCUUAAGCCACCUUACACCUCCUUGAAAGCCCCGAACUUGCUGUGUCUAUGCCCAGCCUGAACCAGAGCUGCUCUUUUCCCCCUUGAUGUGGCUCCUUGGUGCUGGUAAGGGCAGAGGAGGAGGCAUCUCUGACUGAGGCAGAGUGUGUUUGCUUCCUCCUCAGGCUGGAAGUGACGCUGCUUUUCCACCUCAUCUCACCCAGCACCCACCUCCUCCAUGGGGCACAGAGCUGGGGCCUCAGGGGAUUUCUGGCAUUCCUCAGAAGGGGAAGGAUGGCACCUUCUCCUUUGCAGGGAAGCCCAGUCAGCAAGAUUUGGGUCAAAGGAGACUCAGGCAGAUGGGAGCAAGCUAUAUAAAGCAAGCACAAUGGGCUGCAGGGCACUGCAGGACAGCAGGGCUUUCCCAAGGUAAGUGGGGAUGGAGGAUUGCUUUCCUUCUUCUCCUCCUUUCACCAGAAGCUGUGGUGCAAGUGGGGAGCAAGUACCAUGCUGGGAAGCAGGAUUGAAGGAGAUGCUGCCUGAGAUGCCAGCCCAGAAGAAGAGCAGUGGGUGUAGCCCUCGAGGGCUGAGCAUCCCUCCAAUUUUUGUCCCUUUCUCCUGAUAAUGCUUUUUCCCACCUCUCUCCCAUCUGAUUCCCAUCAUUUCCCAUCCCUGAUGCUUUGUGCUGAAACAAGGGGGCAUCUUUACCCCUGUCAUCAUUCCUAGUCGCCAGAGAGAGGGAGAACCUCUGCUCCUGGAUGAUGAGGAAAGAAAGAAGGGGGUUGGUAUGACAGAGAAUGGUUUGCUUUCCUCUCCCAGAGCUGUCAGCAGGAUGAACUCUCUCCUCAGCCUCUCCAUGCUGUUUGUGUGGGGCUUGUCCCCAGCCCACGGGAGCCUCUUGCAGCUGCACCAGAUGAUCUCAGAGGCGACAGGGAAAAAUGCUCUUCUGUAUUACGGCUUCUACGGCUGCUACUGCGGGCUGGGGGGCAGGGGACAGCCCAAGGAUGCCACAGACAGAUGCUGCCAGCUGCAUGAUACUUGCUACGAAAACCUCCUGAGGUACCACUGCGAUGCCAAGACACGCCCCUACUGCUACAACUGGCACUACGGCAGGCUCUCCUGCAGUGAGUAGGGCCCUGGAAAAGGGGGUGUCAGCCCCCCAAAGCCGGGGCUGACCCUGGGCUCCCCUCAUUCCGCAGGUCAGGGCUCCCGGUGCACCUUCUUGUCCUGUGAGUGCGACCGCAGCCUGGCACUGUGCCUGAGGAGAAACGUCAGGAGCUACAAGAAACGCUUCCAGUUCUACCCCAACAAGCUGUGCCGGU